AGUCAAGAACUCAACUAGCACUACGACCCUGCGGCGUCCCUCCUCCAUGCAGCAGUCUGCUUUUACGCGAGGACCAGAAAUCUGCAGUUCAGAAAAUCAAGAGAUCAAAAUGAUGCUGCCAGUGAAAAGGGAUUAAACCCAGCAAGGAGACACCAUCUCCCCGACAGAAUCGACUGUUGGUGGAAAGGGCAGAUUUGUGCGUCCACCGGGGGAGACAUGCCGUUGUUGAGCAUCCGUUGAGACGCUUGACUGACUAUGAUGAAGACCGAAUCCUCAUCUUCCAAGAGCCCCGGCUCUGGGUCUACGCUCAGGAGCCCAUCCCCGCACAGGAACGCGUACGAGGCGGGGAUGCAGGCGCUGAAACCUAUGAAGGACAAUGCGGCCAACGGAGAUGUCCAGGAAGGCCCGCGCGGGCGCAGGUAUGGCUCAAACGUGCACCGUAUCAAAAACAUGUUCAUGCAAAUGCAGUCUCCAUUGGACGGGGAGGGAGGUGAAGAAGCGACCAAGACGAACGACAACGAGAACGAGAAAACGGUGCGUCUGUCACUACCCAGGGCCGGUAGCCUAAACGAGAACGUGGACCAUAGCGCAUUGCUAAAGCUCGGCUCCACGGUCUCGGAAAGAGUCAAUCGGUUCGACCCCAAAGCGGAAAACGGCCACCAGCGGGCCUCGUCACCUAGCUACUCCAAACUGCAGGAGACUCGCCGAAUUUUUGAGCAGCAGCAGCAACAGCAGCAGCAACAGCAGCAGCAGCAGCAGGAGAAGGCCGCCACCACCCGUGUCUUGCUGAAGACCGAUAGAGCUUCGGGCUUCCAGGAUGGCAGGUUGGACGUGGUGGCCCGCUUUAACGGCAGCACAGAAUCCCUGGACAGCCUGGACACCUCCGACGCGGUGUCGCCCACCGUUAGCCAGCUUAGCGCCGUGUUUGAACGAGCCGCCGAGCUCCGCAACAACCUCCACCGCCUGUCCUCCACCCCUCCACUACCCUCCAGGGGGGUCAGUGCCAAAGUGGGUGUACUCAACUCAAAAAUCAUCUCCAAGAGGAUGCGCACCAUUCCGACGGGAAAACAAGAGGAAGACGGUCACAACCAGAGGGACCAGGAACGACCUGCCAGGGGUACCAGGAGUAAAACAGCCGCCUCCGCUGGGACCCUGAACGGAAGCCGAAAUGGUGGCCCGGGCGACCCUGCACAGGUUUCUGGGACCCUCACAGAAGAGUACAGGGAGAAGAGCGCAUCAGACGCAGGAGUAGAGGUCAACGUUGGGGGGAAACCCGUGGAAUGUUCAGGAGAGGCUGGCAGCACACUGGUCCAAGCUGAGGUACACGUGGAGAACGGGGGGAGCGCAGCCAAAAGAGAGCCCCUGGCGAGGGAGACCUCCCCCAAGGACGAGAGCGGCGGGCUGGCCGGGCAGGGUGGAGAGAGGGGCCAGGGUGUCGGGGAGGAGGAGGAGGAGGAAGAGAGGACUGGGAAGGAGGACGAGACCGGGGCCAACCAGGUGGAUAUCAGUACCUACAGCGCGGUGGGGGAGGACUCUGGAGGGAGCCAGGCGGACGAGGAGGAGGAGGAGGACGAUCGCUACGAUCCCGAGUCCAGCUGCACGGAGAUCACAGGGCUUCCUGUGGAGGAGGAUCCGCCCACGAGCCGCAAGAUCCGCUUCAGCGUGGAGCCCAUCAAGGUCUUCGCCACCUAUCCCAACGAGGAUUAUGACCGGCGCAACGAGGACGUGGAUCCCAUGGCGGCGUCCGCCGAGUAUGAGCUGGAGAAGAGGGUGGAGAGGUUGGACCUGUUCCCCGUGGAGCUGGAGAAAGAUGGCGAUGGGCUCGGCAUCAGCAUCAUUGGCAUGGGUGCUGGGGCGGACAUGGGUCUAGAGAAGCUGGGCAUUUUUGUCAAGACAGUCACGGAUGCCGGGGCGGCACACAGGGACGGCAGGAUCCAGGUUAACGACCUCAUCGUUGAGGUGGACGGGACCAGCCUGGUGGGGGUCACCCAGAACUUUGCUGCCUCUGUCCUCAGGAACACCACAGGAACUGUCAGGUUUCUGAUUGGCAGGGAGAAGCCAGGUGAGCAGAGUGAGGUGGCCCAGCUGAUCCAGCAGACCCUGGAGCAGGAACGCUGGCAGAGGGAGAUGAUGGAGCAACGCUACAACCAGUACAUGGACGACCAGGAGACUGGUGACUAUGGCAGCGACGAGGAGGAAGAGGAUGAAGAGGAGGCCAGCCCCCCGUAUCCGAGUGCCAUCGAAGUGUUCGACCUGGCCGAGAAUGAAGACAUCUCCCCCCUGGAGUCAGACCCUGAGAAGCUGGCUCACAAGUACAGAGAGCUUCAAAUAAAGCAUGCAGUCACACAGGCUGAGAUUCAGCAGCUGAAAAGGAAGGUGAACCAUGCCGAGCAGGACAAGCAGCGCUGGCGGGUGGACAAGGCCCAGCUGGAGCAGACCUUGACGGAGAACAAGGAGCGCAUGGAUAAGCUGGAGGGCUACUGGAUGGAGGCCCAGUCGCUGUGCCAGGCGGUGGACGAGCACCUGAAGGAGACCCAGGCGCAGUACCAAGCCCUGGAGCGCAAGUACAGCAAGGCCAAGCGCCUCAUCAAGGACUACCAGCAGAAGGAGAUCGAGUACCUGAAGAAGGAGACCCAACGUUGUGCACAAGAUGGAGCCGAGGCCUCCUUGAGAGAAGAGUCCAGCCAGCUUCACGAGCAGGUAGCAGAUCUAGAAUGCAGAGUUGAGGAGCUGAAAUCUGAUCCUUUAUAAAUAAAAUUGAAAAGUCCAUAAGGGUGAUGCGGUGACUAAGAAUAUUGUGUUGUUGUACUGUCAGUGAACCCUGUCAGUUAACCCGGGGCAUUUCUUGUCUCGGACUUGAGCUUGGUUUCUGGUUGCAUAGGUUGAUGUUCAGUAUCCUCAGGCUUUGAACUGCUGCAUAUGAACUCUAAUCUCCAUCAUCCUUUUGGUUUCUUACCUGUUCUGUUAACACUUCCCAUUUGGGGAAAAAACUGCCUAUGGCUACAGAUUUGUCUAACAGUGUUAUCAGCGUUUUUCUUAGCAAUGGAAUACUGACAAAGACUUUGAUUGAACUUUGUGCCGUUUUCUGAUUAUUUCCAGUGUUCAGUAUUUGACCAUUUGGUCGCAAUGAUGUGUUUGUGUGAAUUGCAGGCCAGGCUUUUGAUUUUAAUUGCCUUUACAACAAAUUCCUUUGUUUUCUUUUGUUCCCCCUCUUGUUUUGUGAAAAUAUUUUUCUUUUCUGGGAUUGUACAAAAGUGCUCCUGUUUGUGGUUUAUCAAACAAAGUUUGGUUUGUAUAUAUUUUUUAUUAAUAUAUGUAUAACAUUUACCAUAAUAUAACUAAUGAGAUCAUGGAUCGUUGCAUAAUGAUUAUUGCGAAGAGGGAUGUGUAAAUUGCACUGAGGGAGACUAUGUUGCUAUGGUGCUUCACUGGAGUGAAAAAAAAUAUCUGAGAUGUAUAUUGUCCAGACAUUAUGUGGAACCCGACAUUUGUAGGUUUCAAAUCCACUGAAGAGACACACUUGUAAUGUUUCCACGUUAGCUUCCUUGACAUCAGGGAAAGACUCCUCAAACCCCUUCCUCCUUAACGGAACAAACACCGGACAAACACCCGACCAACGGCGACAGACUGGAGUCGUACAUUUGUCUGACACAGGACAACUACUGAGGUAACUUGAGCAUUGGGAACCCGAGUGGACUGAAACGGUACACAGCUUCACCAGCAGCUGCCCUCCCCCACCCCGUGCAGAUUCUCUGCAGAGCACACAGAACCACUGCCAGAUCCACACUGCUUCAGUCUGGGGCGAAACCUUUAAAACCUUCACUCCUGUUAAGUCUCAGUAUGUUUGUAUAGUUUAAGAUUAGAUUCAGAUAUUUUACUCAUGUUUAAUAUGGUGAAUGCUGUAAGAAAAGCUCAUGGAUAAAACAAAAAACAAAUGUGGUGACAAAAACAAUGAAAAUGGACGAGACAAUGACAUGUACUGGAUCUGUCAGAGAAAGAUGGUUCUAGCAAAGCUCAAGAAUAGAAUAAAUAUGUCAUGGGCAUGAUUAAGUAUUUUCAUAAGAUUCUAGGCUUGUACAGGGCACAUGCUUUGCAUUAUAUGUUUUGUGGAAUAAAUGGUCAAGUGAU